AUGCUUGCAAUGGCCCUCUUGCACAAGUGGCAAGAAUAUGCAAAGACAGUAGAUGAUCUGAUUCUGAGGUCUAAUGUACAUGAUUGUGGAAGGAACAAAUCAGCUAGUGAAAAGGCUGCAAAAAGGGAUAGACCUACAUGUAUGAAUAAACAGGGAAAAUGUAAAGCUAGCUUUCCCAGACCAUUAUAUGAUCAGACAGAGGUGGAUUCAAACACUGGGGCCUUGAAUGUCAAGAAAGGAGAGGAAUGGAUCAAUUAUGAGUCCUUAUGUGUUUAUGAGUAA